AUGAUAAGGGUGAAUUCCAUGGCCUCCAUCUCCUCCAUUGCUAAAAGGCUAGAGGGAAAAGUAGCAAUCAUAACAGGUGGUGCUAGUGGAAUUGGUGAAGUUGCAACAAGACUUUUCAUCAAACAUGGCGCAAAAGUUGUGAUUGCAGAUGUCCAAGACGAUAAUGGACAAUCCAUCAUCGAAGAAAUAGGCGAAAAUAGAGAUGUCUCCUACGUACAUUGUGAUGUGAAAGUGGAAGAAGAUGUCGAAAAUGUAGUGGACAUGGCAGUUUCCAAGUAUGACAAGCUUGACAUUAUGUUCAGUAAUGCUGGAAUUCCAGGAAAACCUGAUACCACCAUCUUGAAAUCGGACUAUGAAAAUUUCAAAAGUGUAUUCGAUGUGAACGUCUUUGGGGCAUUCAUGUGCGCGAAACACGCGGCUCGUGUGAUGAUUCCACCCAAAAAAGGAAGCAUUAUUUUCACUUCUAGCAUUGCAUCGGUCACCUAUGGUGACGUGGCACACACCUAUUUGGCAUCGAAGCACGCGAUAGUGGGGCUAGCCAAGAAUUUAGGUGUUGAAUUGGGACAACAUGGAAUUAGGGUUAAUUGUGUUUCUCCAUUUGGUGUGGCAACUCCAAUGUUGAUGAAUAGUCUUGGAAUUAAGGACAAAGAAAAGGUUGAGGAAUUUGUGUCUCAAAUUGCAAACUUGAAAGGGAAAAUAUUGGAGGCUGAGGAUGUUGCACAAGCAACAUUGUAUCUUGCUAGUGAUGAAUCAAAGUAUAUAAGUGGGAUGAAUAUUGUGAUUGAUGGUGGAUAUAGUACUACCAAUGUUGCUCUCAAACAAGGCAUUAGGAAGAUGGCAGUCUUGAAUGAGUAAUUUUCCUUUUUUAGAUCAAAAAUGUGUUCAUUAUGUGUAAGUUUUAUCCUUUUUUUAAAAAAAAAAAAAGUUUCUCCAUUUACUUGU